UGAAAACUACAAAAGUUACAAGUGCAGUAAGAUAAUUACGUACAUUUAUGUGUAUAUAUACACACACACUCAAAUAAAAUCACGCAGAUCCAACUAAACUAAAAAAGUGAAAAAGGUGUUUAGGAGGUGUGAGAAAAAAAGAUAAAUCAACAAUUUUAUUAAUUAAUAAAAAUGCCAGAUAAUAAUCAAGGUCCGCCCGAGCCGGAAUUGGGUCCACCCAAAGCAGAUUUCAGUGCUCCGCCACCAUAUGAAUUAACCAAUAGUCAUGUAAAUCUAACACAACAAUCGCAAAUGCCAUUGAACCAACAAAACCUUCAGCAAGCACCUACAUUAACAGAAAUACCCAUGCAUCAUGGUAAAUUACCCACAUACGAAGAAGUUCAAAUGGAGAAGUCACUGAACGGAGAAUUGCCACCGGGAUUUUUAACAACACAUACCUUACAGCCGCCACCAUUAGCACCUCCACCAAAUCCAUUAUUGGCAAAUUUACGUGAUCCGCCUGGAUCAAAUGGUGGUGGCGCUUCUGGUUUAACAUUUAUUGCAAUUGAUGCCUCAGAGGCCGAAAAUCUAACUAAUUCAAGUGAUAACAAUCUCUUGGGUACAGACAUCAUGUUUAUAAUGGCAUUUGUGGUGGCAUUUUUAUUCAAUUGGAUUGGCUUUCUAAUGCUGACAUGUUUCUGUCAUACCAUUGCGGCUCGUUAUGGUGCCUUAUCCGGCUUCGGUUUGUCUCUGGCUAAAUGGACACUGAUAGUGAAACAUUCAACUGACUUGGCUUCGCAUGAAAAUUCCUGGUUAUGGUGGCUAAUAAUGGCAUUUGGCUUUUUAAUUUGUGUGCGUGCUUUAAUCCAAUAUGUUAGUAUCAAGCGAACAUGGCGCUUAUUAUCCACUUCGGCCCAAGAGCGUUUAUUAUUCUUCUAUUAAAAAUUCAUAUAGAUCUAAAAUUAAGACAGAGAAUAUACAUACAAAAGAAAAUAUAUUAUUAUAUACAAAGAAAAUAUUUUAUAUAAGCUAAGAAGGUACAAAAGAUAUGUUGCCAAUUGAUUUGUAUCUUAAUUAAUCUUAUACAUAAUUAUUAUUUGUUUUUCUUUUCAAAAUGUAAAAGGGCUAAAACGUUAAAGUAUGUGUAUUAACAAAAUUUUGUAAGAUAAAUAAAUUUAAAGUAUGCAGUCAAUAUUAUACAUACAUACAUAUUAUAUUAUGAAUUCUUUAAACAUUUUAGAAUUACAUAUAAACAGUUUAAAUUUCAUAACGUUUUUUUUUUCUUCUUUAAUUGUAAAAAUUCUUGUAAAAUUUGUUGGACAAAUUAUUUUGUCCACAAUUUGGCGCAAAUUAUAAUAUAUUAAAAGUUCUACUAAAACCUUUA